AUGAGCGUACUACCAAAGAAUAAGAGACCAUUACAACUUCUGGGACGACCGGCUGAAAGCAUAUUAUGCUUGAUGUUGCACGCGUUUUUACAGCUAAUAAGUACAUUAUAUGGACUAGUCAAAUCAUUUCUUUUCGGUGCUUCGGGUGCCGAGCAGAAGUACAACCAGUUAGAUUCAUAUAUUUUCAAUCAAAGUAAAUCAUCCAAGAAGGAGACAGAACAAAUACCAGCUUCCGAGGAAACGCAGGAAAUAACAUCAUUCAUAGAACAUAAACAUGUGCAUGCCCAGGAUAGGCAAAUAACGAAAAAGCUGAAUUCAAACAAACUUGCAGUGUAUUUUGAAUGCUCGCCACUCUUUCCGGCAUUCGGCAUUCUCCGAAAUCUCACCACGAAGGAUUUGGAACAGUGCUCACUCAAAGAUGGGUCUCAAAUUACAGUGGUUGCCAAUUCAGGUGAUAGUAAUGGUGAAAUUAAAUUUGAGGUUGUGAAUGGGAAAAACAGUAAUAACCUCAAGGCAGACGCUUCUGCUUCGAUGGAAAACCCACAGCAGCCAUCCCCAAUCUCUGAUAUUUCAUCGCCAGGAUUCAAAAUCAAGAAAAUUAAGAGUGAAAGACAUGCGGUUGACGACUUCACAAAUCUCUCACCUGCAUCCUCCGUUAAAUCUACAAAAUCAGAGAAGCAGGAUGCAGAGAAAAUAGUAAGCGUUUUAAACGGUGAGGAUAUCACAGCAAGGGCUAGAAUUGAUGACGAAGAUGCAAAACAUAAGGCCAAGAGUAAUCAAAACAAAGUUAGGCACAAGCCAAAGUCCCACGAAUGUCCAUAUUGCCAUGCUAAGUUCCGUUUGCGCGGAUAUCUUACGCGUCACUUGAAAAAGCAUUCCAAAAAGAAAGCCUAUAAAUGCCCAUUUUAUGAUCCAAACGCAGAUCCCAAAUGUCAUGCUACAGGUGGAUUUAGCAGAAGAGAUACGUACAAGACCCAUCUUAAGGCACGUCACUUCAAAUAUCCACCAGGUGUGAAGUCUGGUGAGCGCAGAGGAAUGAUGGGAUGGUGCUCUGCUUGCGGUGAGAAAUUCUUAAAUAAUGAAAUAUGGGUUGAAAGACACAUAGAAGCAGGCCUGUGUCCUGGACUUCCUGCUGAUUAUGUCAGAAACCUAAAGUUCGGCAAGAAGAAGACAGGAAAGCAUUCGAAAUUCUUGGAUGUUGUCGCAGAUGAGAGAUUUUUCAACGAUGAUGCUAGCUCGAUAGUAACAAUAUCUUCUCCAGCAUCAUUUACUUCGCGUUCAGCAAGUCCGUCCACAAAUCCUUCCGUUGGACAGAUGUAUACAUUCCCAGCGGUUGGAAAUGGGACAAACUCGUUAUCAUCAUCAUCUUCUACUUCAUCUUCCCUAUCUACCUCACCGGCUUCUUCUAUGGCAAUGUCUUGGGUUAGCCAGAAGCAAUUUCAGCAUUCUAAACCACAGUUUAGCGCGGGUCCAUUACCUCAUCAGUUGAAACCUAAAGUUUUGCCGCAAACAACACAGAGCCCGUCAGAAAUGCCUCCUCUUGCAGAGGAUCACAAAAUGGGAGAUCAAGAUUCAAACUCUGACAUGAGAUCUCCAAUGGAUGAGUCGUAUGAAGAGGAAGAUUAUCCUUCGUUAGAUGCAGAAUGUUCCCCUUACACGCAUAUAUCUUAUCCAGCAUACUUUUACAAGAAUGUAAAUGACUCAAUGUGCCAGCAGGAUGGUCCUAUUCAGGAUAGUCGAUAUGGAUCGGCUUUGAGUUCAGUUCUUCGUGAGCCGAUGGAAAGUGAUUUAUACGAAGAUUAUACCGCCUGA